GAUAAAAUGGGUUUGACAAUUGAGGCAUGGAAUCAACAUUUGGGUUAAGUGCCAAAAAAAUCAAAGUUGGAAUUUUGCCUGUCAAAUGUGCUACAUUAGUUAGCCAUUCCGUUACAAAGGUGCAAAGUGCCCAGUAAAAUUUAUUGUAGUUUUGAGAGUUUUUGGUAGAUGGCGUUACGAGUAAGUGCCAAAUGUUGUUUCUUUACAAAUGGGUCGUGCGUGUAUCCGAUCAUAGAAAUGUCAAUGUCAAAAUUGUCAAAAUAACAUUCGUUGAUUCGUUCAAUGGUCAUUUCAUGGGCGUUAUUGUUUCUUUGAAAUAAUUUGCAUCUCAAAAUGGACGAUAACACAAAACAAAGAACAAAAAAUAAAACUAUAAUAAGAAAAUCGUUGAAGGUACAGGGAAAAAGUUAUAUGAACAGGAAAGGAAAAGUGAUACCGGCGAAAAUGCCACCGACUAUGGAGAAAAUAUGCAAAUGUAAAAAUCAGUGCCACAAAUUAGAUCAUGACAUGAAGUUGAGUUUAUUUGAAAAGUUCUACCGUGAAGACUUAAAAACACAGAGAACGUAUUUGAUGGGUUUGCUUCAAUUGCAUAAUAUUAAGCGUCGUCGACAUGGUAAUUAUACCGUACCAUCUGAUAGCAGACGACAAACGACCAUUACAUAUGUUGUGCCUAAAGGUGAUGGUACACUAAUACCAGUAUGCAAGAAAACAUUUUCAGACAUUUUUGCAAUUACUAAAAAAGAAAUAGAGACAUUGAUAAACAAAAAAAAACAUGGUGAUACGUCUUUUCGUGAUAAUAGAACUUCACAUAAAAGUUUAAAGUAUACGGAAGAGGAUGUGCUUAGAGUUAAAGAACAUAUUAAUAUGUUCCCCAGGGAUGAAAGCCAUUACACAAGAGCAAAAAGCACAAAAGAAUACCUUAGCCCUGAUUUAAACAUACAUAGAUGUUAUAAAGCCUUUAAUGAACUGCACCCUGGUAAACAAGUAACAUAUAAAUUUUACAGAAAAGUAUUUCGGAGAUAUUUUCCUGAUUUAAAGUUCAAGAGGCCCAGAACAGAUACGUGUAAAGUUUGUGAUCGCUUAUCUGCAGUAGUGCGAUCUCAAAAUGCACAAAGUCGGUCCGCAAAAGCUACUUUGGAAUUACAUCAUCGAAAAGCUGAAUCAUCUCGGCAGAUUAUGGCCACAGAUAGGGAGCAAUCUCAACUGCCAGGCAGCAAUACUAUGACAAUAGCCAUUGAUCUUCAGCAGGUGCUGUUUGUACCUACAUUAACACACUCAGAAAUGUUCUACAAACGCCAGCUUAGCUGUUAUAACUUGUGCAUCAAUGUAGCUGAUAUUGGGAACUCUUACAUGUGUCUUUGGCACGAAGGAAUCUGUAGCAGAGGAGGCAAUGAAAUAGCAUCAUGCCUUUUGAGUUUUGUAAAUAAAAGAAAUACAAACAAAGACCAUCUGAUAAUUUGGUGCGAUAACUGUGCCGGCCAAAAUAAAAACAGAAUGAUUCUGUUCCUAUUGAUGUUUUUAGUAGCAAAUGGUCACUUCCAAUCAAUCGAACAAAAAUUUCUUAUAACAGGCCACAGUUUCUUACAGUGCGACAGGGAUUUCGGAAUUAUAGAAAAAAGAAAAAAGGUUAUGAAAAGUUAUGUUCCUGAAGACCUAAAAAAAGUGAUUACCGGUGCGAAAAAUACAUCACAACCUUUCCAAGUUCUUGAUAUGACAAGUGAAUGUUUUUUCAACUUCCAAGCUGCUGCAGAUGACAUAAUUGUGACAAAAAAGUUGAAUAUUUCAACAGCAUCAAGGUUGCUAGUAACGAAAGAUAAGCCAGGUGAAGUUCUCAUAAAACAAAAUUUCACAGACAUAGAACCAUGGAAGGUAGUUAAUGUUUUCAAAAGAGGAAAAUCUAUUUCAGAUUUAAAAAAUGUGGAGUUACAUAGACUUUUGACUCACAACACAAUAAGCAAAGAAAAAAUGAGGGAUCUAGAAAGUAUGAUCGAAUACUUGCCAGACAACUGCCAAGAAUUCUACAGGAAUUUGUGUGCUGAUCAUUAAAAAAAAACCUGGAAAAAUUGCAUUUAUUAAUUAAAACAAACAUAAACAAAAAAAAUUCUAAUAUGGCACUUAGCCCCAAUGAUAAUAAAACUGUAUUGGCACUUAAGUCCUUAUAAAUUACAAAAACCUUGCAUUUUGACCCAUUUCUAAAUUAGUUUUUAAAUAAUGUCUUUUUUGAAAUAAAUGUUUUUUAAAUUAGUAUACUUAACAGGUGUGUGAAUAAACAGUAUUAUUUGUAAUCAUUUGCACAUAAUAAUGUGUCUUAAUAAAUGUUGAUCCAUAAUAAAUACAGUUUUAUUUUAUUUAUCAUCAAAAUGUAUUUUGGCACUUAGCCCAAAUGUUGAUUCCAUGCCUCAAUU